GCCGCCUGGGAGGGAAUGGGUUGCCUUGGCCGCUGCCUCACGCAGCACUGCGCCCGCUCGCCGGCCCUGCAGGCUUUGGGCCUCGUUCGCUCCCGGGCUUUGCCCUCCCGCGCCACCAGCGACUGCUCGGCUUCCUCAGCCCCAGGUCUCCCCACGCUUCGCUCCCCCUGUUGGCGGGGCUGGGCCUGGCCUAGAGCCGCCUCCCGCAGCCAAGCACCGCCUCGUUUUUUCGUCAGCAGCGCCGCCGGGGCGGGGCUCUUUCCUUUCGUCCCGGCGUCGGCCUUGAGCAGCCGCUUUUGCCACCACCUCAGCGGAGAAGAGUCCCAGGAAAUGCCCGCAGCCCCCCGGCCAGACUACGAGAGCGAGGACGAGAUGGAGACCCGCACGCCGAUGGACGCCGAGGCCUCCCUGGAGGGCAGCGGCAAGAAGCGCAAGAAGGAUAAAAAAGAUAAAUCUAAAAAGCAUAAAAUGAAAAUACAAGAAACACUGACAGAGGAGAAUGAACUGUCUGAUGCAGAAUUGGAACCACCCAAACCAAAGAAAAUUAAGAAAAAGAAAGGUGGUUUUGAUGACAUUGAAGACAUAAUUGCAGAACACAAUGCAACCUCCACCACCACUAAUGGGGUUGGCAACUUAAAAAAGAAGGGUAGUGCUGAAGAAUCAAAUACGGAAUGUGAGAGUGACCAAGAUCAGGAAUUGACUGAAGAGCAAAAGGAGGGAGACUUUGCCAACUUUAAUCUCUCUAAAGCAACUAUUGACCUUCUCAAAGCCCGUGGAGUUACCUACCUGUUUCCAGUUCAAGUAAAGACUUACAAGCAUAUUUCUGAUGGCAAAGAUGUGAUAGCCCAAGCUCGGACUGGAACUGGGAAAACCUUCUCUUUUGCCAUUCCUUUAAUUGAAAAACUUCAGGGAGAUUCCCAGGAAAGAAAAAGAGGCCGCACACCAAAGGUUAUGGUCCUCACUCCAACCAGAGAGUUGGCAAUGCAAGUAGCCAGAGACUUCAAAGAUGUCACAAGGAAACUUACUGUGGCUUGCUUCUAUGGAGGAACAGCAUACAAUGGACAACUUGAUCUUAUGCGUAAUGGCAUUGACAUCCUGGUUGGGACUCCAGGUCGAAUUAAAGACCAUCUUCAAAAUAACAAAUUGGACAUUUCCAAUCUAAAGCAUGUUGUCCUGGAUGAAGUUGACCAGAUGUUGGACAUGGGAUUUGCGGAACAAGUAGAGGAAAUUUUAGCAUAUGCUUAUAAGAAAGAUUCUGAAGACAAUCCACAAACAUUACUCUUUUCUGCAACUUGCCCACAUUGGGUUUAUGAUGUAGCAAAGAAAUACAUGAAAUCUAAAUAUGAGCAAAUUGAUCUUAUUGGAAAGAGGACUCAAAAGACUGCAAUGACUGUAGAACAUUUGGCUAUUGAAUGUCAUUGGUCCCAGAGAGCUGCAGUCAUUGGAGACGUUAUUCAAGUCUACAGUGGUAGUCAUGGACGUACCAUCAUAUUUUGUGAGACCAAAAAAGAAGCAACUGAACUGGCCCUGAAUGCCUCAAUAAAACAGGAUGCACAGUCUUUACAUGGUGAUAUUCCACAAAAGCAGAGAGAAGUUACACUGAAAGGCUUUCGCAAUGGAUCAUUUGGAGUUCUGGUUGCAACCAAUGUAGCUGCCCGAGGUUUAGAUAUCCCAGAGGUUGAUCUGGUAAUACAAAGUUCGCCACCAAAGGAUGUAGAGUCCUAUAUUCAUCGUUCUGGGCGCACAGGUCGAGCUGGCCGAACUGGGAUGUGCAUCUGUUUCUAUCAGCGCAAGGAAGAUUAUCAGCUGAGACAAGUGGAACAAAAAGCGGGGAUUACAUUUAAACGUGUGGGUGUUCCUACAGCAACGGACAUUAUUAAGGCUUCCAGUAAAGAUGCUAUCAGAUCUUUGGAUUCCGUUCCUCCAUCUGCCAUUGACCACUUCAGACAGGCAGCUGAACGGCUGAUAGAGGAAAAGGGGGCAGUGGAAGCUCUGGCUGCUGCACUGGCUCAUAUUUCUGGAGCUACUUCCAUUGAACAGCGUUCUUUGCUCAACUCGGAUGCGGGUUUUGUGACCAUGACUCUUCAGUGUUCAGUAGAAAUGCACACCAUUGGCUAUGCUUGGCGAGGUCUGAAAGAACAGCUGGGUGAGAACAUUGACAGCAAAGUGUCCCGAAUGCGCUUUCUUAAGGGCAAGACGGGUGUGUGCUUUGAUAUUCCUGUAGCUGAACUAAAUAAAGUACAGGAAACAUGGCAAGAUACAAGACGCUGGCAACUUUCUGUGGCAAUGGAAUUGCCCGAGCUUGAAGAAUCACGUGACAGUGGCCGAAGUGGUGGCUCGGAUUUCAGGAAUGGAAGGCGAGGUGGCGGCUCCAACAGGCACGACAGAUUCAGAAACAGGGGCCAAAAAAGAAGCCAUAGCCGGGCUUUUUAAUCAUUUGUUAAUAUGUCAUACACAACUGGGACUAAAUCACUUGUUUUAUCAGAAGUAAAGUUGGUUACACUUUC